UCUCCAGAGCAGGUUGGUGAACAAGCUGGGAGGAGAAAUGACAUCUCACAGCUCGCUCAGCUGUGCCACACCACCAACAGGAAAGAACAUGAGCCAGGGCAACAAGAGUGAAGACUGCUCCUUCAGUGACGUGGAUGAGCUGAUGAAAAGCGUGCAGCUGGCAGUCUACGUCCCCACCUUCCUCCUGGGCCUGCUCCUCAACGUGCUAGCCAUCCGAGGCUUCUGCACCUUCCUGCAGAAGAGGUGUCUGGAUUACGCUGCCACCUCCAUCUACAUGAUCAACCUAGCGGUCUUUGACCUGCUGCUGGUGCUUUCCCUCCCAUUCAAGACGGUCCUGAACCACGUGCCGACACCCUUCCCUUCCUUCUGUACCUUGGUGGAAUGCCUCUAUUUCAUCAGCAUGUAUGGGAGUGUCUUCACGAUCUGCUUCAUCAGCCUGGACAGAUUCUUGGCCAUCCAGUACCCCAUCCAGGUCAGCCACCUCCGGUCCCCCAGGAAGAUCUUUGGGAUCUGCUUCAUCAUCUGGGUCCUGGUGUGGGCUGGGAGUAUCCCUAUCUACAACUUCCACGGGCAAGUGGAAACCUACAAAUGCUUCCACAAUAUGUCUGAUAGCACCUGGAGUGCCAAGGUCGUCUUCCCCCUUGAGGUGUUCGGCUUCCUUCUUCCCAUGGCCGUUAUGGGUUUCUGCUCCUCCAGGAGCAUCCGCAUUCUGAUUGGCCGUCGGGACCAUAACCAGGACUGGGUCCAGCGGAAGGCUUGCAUCUGGACUAUCGCGGCCAAUCUGGCUGUGUUCGUGGUCUCCUUUCUUCCAGUCCACCUGGCAUUCUUCUUGCAGUUCCUGGUGAGGAAUGGCUUUAUUGUGGAGUGCAGAGCUAAGCAGAACAUCAGCUUGUUCGUGCAGUUGUCCAUGUGUUUCUCCAACGUCAACUGCUGCCUGGAUGUUUUCUGCUACUACUUUGUCAUCAAAGAAUUCCGCAUGGGCAUCAUGGCCCACCGGCCUUCCAGGGCCCAGCUAAUCCUCCAGGAUACCCUGACCACAGGGGCUACCAAGAAAGACCUGAUCAAAGAAAGCAAACCCUAGCCCUGAAUUCCAGCAGCGGAUAUCCUGUUCCAAGGUUUGGGAUGUGACAGGAUGAUAUAUGGCACAUUUACUAAUGCUCUUUCCAUUUUGAUGCUCAUUAGAUGCUGUCUUUGCUAGUUACGCCCCAAAGACCUUUCCGCAGCACCCAGACAGCUUGACAUAAAUCACGCAGUGUUUGGGGAUCUCUGAAGAACCUAAGAACCAGGUGAAUUCUUGACUUUUAAGUCCAAAAUCAUGAGGCAGAAGAAUUGAGAAAGACAAUGAGACCAUCUGAACAAGGCUGUUUCCCAGCUCUCCCUGUCCUUCUGUAGACUAGAAGAUUCUGGAAGGGACAAGAGGAAGGAGUUAGGAACGAGAACUAAGAGGGUUGGUCAUGGUGGAGUGUGUCCUGGGUAGAGAUGGAGCCGUAGAAUGGAUCAAGCUCCUUUUUAGUUUGGGGAUGCCGGGUGGAGCAGACUCACACUUUGCUAUCCCUCUGGGCUCUGUUGGCCAACAACCUCACAGAGAUGACAGCAAGUGGGGGUGAUCGAGGCAGAGCAAGUACACACAGAGAGCCCCAAGUUUCCUAUUGGCCUUAGAAAGGUCUGGGAAGCCAGCCAAACCUUUAUUUGUUCACAAGAAGGCUACAGAAGGAUGAGGGGGGCUGCGGUGAAGCUGUGGACACUUUGUGGAAGCAGUGAGGACAGUGUGGAAAGAUGUUGGUGACACCUGAGAGCCAUGAGGGGACAGGAUACACCCGGGGAGGGAAGAAGGCCAAGGGCUGGAAGUGGACUGCCCCUCCCCCAGUGCUAUCAGGAUGUCACGGCAUGGAGUUUUAGCGCUCGCCCAGAGGGAGGUGAGGCGGUGGAGAAGGGAAAUUCCUAGACGUGAUCAGCUUGCUGUCUUGAACAGCCUGGGAAGUUGUUAAUUAGACUUGGUUUCCUUGAGAACCGGGAGAAAGAAUCAGGUCUAAUUUAGUUCAGCGAGAGAAGAAUAAGGAACAUGUGUUUGUGUUGCCCACCUGAAUCCUGGCUGGGCAUCUGGCCAGGGAGGCACUGUCCACAGAGCUGUCCCCCUCCAGUGGUGACAGGGAGAAACUGAGUCAGGCAGGAAUGGAGGCACCAUCUCAAUGGCACAGGGCUCUUGGCACUUCCUGGUUGGAAACUCUGAACAAUUGAAUCACGGCUUCGAUUGGGCUCCUCAAUGAUCCAGAGACGGAGCGGCAGCGACAGCCGAAAGCUUCCGGUGACUCAGCUGCUCCAGAGAGUAAAAUGAUUAUAAGGAUAAACGUGGGGCAGUUUUGCAAGACAGAAUGAGUGGGAUGAGAAGUAACAGAUGAGACUUACUGUAAACAAGGGGAA